AUGUCUCUUCUCCACAAUGAAGACUUCACGAUCUGGCAAUUACGUUCCUCAUAUCUCUCCACGAUCAAGGAUGGGAUUGGGGACCGACUUAUUAACGUCAAUGACUCCGUUCUGAAUACCCCUGGCUUCCGUGCAGCGGGCUGGUCAACCGCCUCCGCAUAUCCCAACACACACAGCUCCUCCCACCUAAAGCGCACCUAUUCUCCCCCAAUCCCAACGACGGCCAACGUCUCCUCCGAAUAUUACAGACUAGCAGAGCGAAAUGCGAAACCCCGACGUUAUGAUUCGCAAGGCCUUGGUCUCGAGGACGGUGAGGAUGAUGGCGGCAUGGUGACCGGCAAGAGCCAUACGGACAUGACUGCGCGGCGAAUGCAUGCGCGUGGCGGGAAGAAGAAGACUCGACGGGAAAGGCAGCAAGAUGUUCAAAGACAAGCGGAAGCGGAGGAGGAUGAUAGCAGCGAUCUGAGUGAUGAUAGCGACGACGACGGGGACAAUGUCGGCAGUGCCGUCGAUCGGAUCAAAUUCCACAAGAUGCCUAUCCGUCGAGAUCGAGCCGACUCCUCUCCAAGGCGUUCAGAAGACCAGCGCGAACGACCAGAGGUGAUGAUUACAUCUCCAUCGACGCAAAGUGUUGCAAAUCAGUACCAGCAAGUCCCGUUACGUCCACGUCGAGAUACAACCACCAGCAGUGACUUGUCGACGGAUAAUGAGACCGAGCAUCGCGGCCACAAACAGGGACAAGUUCAGUUUUCUGGGAGCGAUCAGAUCCUCGAAUAUCCGCGUAGCCGCCGUGAGCGAACGGGUAGUCGAGGUGCAGAAAGUCUGGCCCUUGGAGAACUCCAUGAGGAGGACGAGGACGAGGACUCCGGUGCCGAAUCGGUGGGGUCUGCGAUCUCAUCUGACUUCGACAACACGGCUGGGUCAGGCUCCUUGCUACUUGCUGGCGUGACGGGCGGUCUCAAUUUGUCUUCCCCCUUGAUGAUGAACAAGUUGCCCUCGGGCACAGGACUCCAGAACCCAUCGCGCAAGCAUCGCACUCCAGCUCCUGCGUUGCAAGAUCUCCCCCCGCCACGACCUAUCAGCAUGAUAAAGCCAGUCAGUCUAUUGACUAGCCAGCUUACAUCACGGAAGCGUGCACCAAGCAAUCCAGUGGAUAAAUUCGUGGUGCUUUCCGGGCGAGGUCAAGGUGAUCCGCUGUAUCUGAAGAUCUACGUUCCCUUCUCAAGCGACCCCGAUGAACCGUUGGAUCUGUCACUUACACGCGAAUCUAAGCUUGCGGAACAGCCCGCGCUAGUCACCGUUGCGGAAACGAUUGGUCUCGCCCUGUGGAAGUACCUGGAGGAUGCUCGCGGUCCAAAGAUUGCCCGCGAAAAGCUAUCCGUGAACCGAUGGACGUUACGUAUGGUCGACGAUGGUGAAGUCGAGUAUGAUUUCCCAGCACUUGGGCGGACACUUCCGAUGAUGGAUUUCACAUCGAACAAUAAUCAGUCGGCCAAGUCCCGAGGCCGUUCAAGGGGCAAGCCAUACGAUGAGUUUGCACUGGUUGAGGCAUCCACAUCGGAGUUCGAGGAGAAUGAAAGGCUCUAUCCACAAUUUAGCACAAGCGUCGGAUCGGAAGAGGCGGAUCAGCCGGUGAAUCUUGGAGUGCCUGGGGCUCAGCCUGCCGCACAAAACAGGAACCCCCAGACAACACCGGCUCGGGUGAACCCUAUCCUGGGGCACCCGUUCUCAUCUGCACUCAAUCACAGUACUCUUACACCUGCCGAUCUCCCUGCGGUACCUAUCUCGCAUGCUACUCCGCGUCUUGGUGUUUCCAAGACGUUGAAAAUCCGCUUCAUCAACACGGAGGCCUCGGCGCAUGUCAUGACGAUCAACACAUCCACGGACAGCUACAUAGCUGAGAUCCUGGAUACUGUAUGCAAACGGUGGGGCCAGGAUAAGGGCAACUACCUCUUAAAAGUGAUGGGUUCGAACACAAUUGCGCCACUUGACCGCACAGUGGAGGCGUUGGGCAGUAUUACCGAGCUUGAUCUGGUGCGUCGUCGCUUUGGCGGCGGCCCUCUGGCUUUGGGAACCUCGCCGGGCAGCUCCUCACCAAACGCACCAUUGAUGGUGGACACUGUCGACACGACGACCUCCAAGAAGAGCAAAAAAGAUGCCAAGAAGAGCGCCCAGCGCGCAUUGCCCUCGUCUUCACAGAAGCAAGACAACCUCGGCGGAUACUUCCGCCGUUACCACGUGUUCCGCAAACAACCCAUGUCCUUCACAGCAUCCAACCACCGAAUCCUCACUUUUGAAAAUGACUACAUGCACAUCGUGCCUGGUGACACGAGCAAAACGGUGUCCGGCGGUAAGACUCGAUCCAUCAGCUUCAGCGAUGUGAUUGGCUCUAAAGUCAGCCGACGGCAUCCCAAGAGUUUCCGGGUGAUGAUUGUGCGUGGUAACGAUGCCACGGAGCAGAAGCGAUAUGACUUUGAGGCGAGGAAUGCCGACGAGGCUGAGGAGAUUGUUAGUGAGAUCAAGAAGAACAUGGCGCAUUACCGGAUUUGA